AUGAUGAUGAUGAUGAUGAUGAUGAUGAUGAUGAUGAUGAUGAUGGUGGUGAGCAGGUGUGUGGGACAGCUGCCGGGACCCCCCACGGUGGCCGUAGUUCUCCCCGUCCUUCUGUCUCGCCGGCCCUGGGUGUCCUGGGUGUCCUGGGUGUCCUGGGUGUCCUGGGUGCAGAGAGGGCCGGGAGCUGGGGCUGAGGUGAGGCUUGUGCGGGUGCGGCGGGAGGCGGUUGGGGAUCUGAGAGGGCUUCAUGGGGGCGUCCAGAGCAAAGGGGGUCAGCUGAGAAGUCAGAUUGACAGCUGUGGGGGUGUGACCCAGAGUCAGUUUGACUGCUGUGGGGGUGUAACCCAGAGUCAGAUUGACUGCUGUGGGGGUGUGACCCAGAGUCAGAUUGACUGCUGUGGGGGUGUGACCCAGAGUCAGAUUGACUGCUGUGGGGGUGUGACCCAGAGUCAGAUUGACUGCUGUGGGGGUGUGACCCAGAGUCAGAUUGACUGCUGUGGGGGUGUGACCCAGAGUCAGAUUGACUGCUGUGGGGGUGUGACCCAGAGUCAGAUUGACUGCUGUGGGGGUGUGACCCAGAGUCAGAUUGACUGCUGUGGGGGUGUGACCCAGAGUCAGAUUGACUGCUGUGGGGGUGUGACCCAGAGUAAGAUUGACUGCUGUGGGGGUGUGACCCAGAGUCAGAUUGACUGCUGUGGGGGUGUAACCCAGAGUCAGAUUGACUGCUGUGGGGGUGUAACCCAGAGUCAGAUUGACUGCUGUGGGGGUGUGACCCAGAGUCAGAUUGACUGCUGUGGGGGUGUGACCCAGAGUCAGAUUGACUGCUGUGGGGGUGUGACCCAGAGUCAGAUUGACUGCUGUGGGGGUGUAACCCAGAGUCAGAUUGACUGCUGUGGGGGUGUAACCCAGAGUCAGAUUGACUGCUGUGGGGGUGUGACCCUGAACAUAAACACAUCUAUUAUGUGUAAUUAA